AUGACGACUAACACACCUCGUAAAGAUAGUCCAACUAAUAAAACGGCUUUUAAAUUUUGGAAUUCAAAACAAGGAAAGCCUGAAAUUCAGUUAAAUAGAUCUAAAAUUUGUAUUCUUGGUGAUUCAGGAGUUGGAAAGUCAAGUUUAAUAUUAAGAUAUAAUGGACAAGGAUUUACUACUAAAGUAACAAAUAAUUUAGGUGUACCCUUUAUAAAAUCAUAUAUAAAUAUUUUAAAUGAAAAGUGUGAAUUGUUAAUUUUAGAUCCUUUGAUUUGUAAGAAUCGUGAAGAAGCCAUAAUAAAUUAUAUUAAUUUUAUCACAAAUAUCAUUUUUGUUUUUGAUCUAACAAAUAGAGAAUCUUUUAAAAAUCUCAAUAAAUGGUAUCAUUUAGUUGAAAAAAGAGUUACAACAACACCAAGGCUUUUUGUUAUUGCAACUAAAAAUGAUGAUAUUCUUAAUAGGUGUGUUACGGAAGGAGAAGGUUUAGAAUGGGCAAAAAAUCAUGAAGCAGAAUAUUUUGAAGUUUCUUCUUAUACAGGAUCAGGAGUUAUAAAAUCAAUUAAUUCUAUUGCUCAUACUAUUUUUACUAAUGAAAUUGAAAGUUUAAAAUCUGCUUCUCUUUCUACCAGUCUUAAAUCACAAAAUUCUGAUGAAGUUGGUAGUUCAUAUGAGCCUUUGAAUAAAAAAAUAUCAAUCAAAAAAAGGGAAACAAAGAAAAAAAGAUCACUGUUAUGUUGUACAAUAAGCUGA